CGUUCAAGCCAACAAUCACUUUGCAGAAGCAGGAAAAGUCGAGGCAUUUCUCAACGUAGGAGUUCAUUCCGCCUCAACGGAAGCUGACCUCAGGCAAGGAGAAAAAAAGCUUGAGCUCAUCAUUUUCCUUCGUAGUCAAAGGAACUAUGGUCUUCCAAUGAGAACUUUUAUUCACGGCGGUGACAUAUGCUGGAUUUGUUCUCAAGCCAACGCAGUGGACCACUGUGAUCCAAACACGACUGUCGUAAGCUUGUGCUUUAUGCGGGUAAGGUCAUUCUGACAUUGAAGACGUUCAAAGGAAGAUAUUGAAGGUGUCAAAGUGCGUUCAUGCAUUUUAACAUCAACGUUUUGGAAUGCGCUGCCAGACUCCAUGGACUUAAAGAAAGGACAACGUGCGCCGUGAGUAGUUCUCCAUCUCUUCUGAACUACCGCAACUAACAUAUACCGUCCCACCCUGACACGGAAGACGGAAUGGAAGUGUCCUCCGCUGGAGGCGCCUUCGUGAUAGCCGUCGCCGUCGCCGGCACGGUGGGCAACGCACUCACGAUAGCCGCGCUCUUACUGCGCAUGCGCCGGGAACACAGCGGCAACGCGUCGUCCGUGUUCAUCGUUAGCCUCUCGGCGGCCGACUUGUGCUUCUGCUCACUGAACCUGCCCUUCGCGGCGUCCAGUCUCCUGCAGGGUGCUUGGACCCACGGCCCGCUCCUGUGUCGACUUGUGGCCGCCGGCCGGUACCUCAACGUGGGAGUCUCGCUCCUGUCCAUCACAGCCAUCGCCGUCAACAGAUACGUGCUUGUGGUGCGGCCCUCCCUCUACGGCCGACUGUACGGGCGUGCCGGUAUUUGGUGGAUGGUGGCUGCCACGUGGCUUGCCCCGUGUUUCCUGCUAGCCCCUACUCUGGCUGGCGUCUGGGGUCGCUUCGGACCGGACCCGCGCAGUCCUGGAUGCUCAGUGGUUGCAUCGGGCGGAAGGUCACCCAAGGCGUUCCUGUUCGUUGCCGCCUUUCUCGUGCCCUGUCUGGCGAUCGUCUACUGCUACGCCGCCAUCUUCAGGCACGCGCGGAAGGCGAGGCUGCAAGUGGAGGCGCACGGUGAAGCUGCGCGUCGACGUCGGGACGAGUGGCGAAUCACACGCAUGGUGCUCGUCAUCUUCCUGUCAUUCCUCGCCUGUUAUUUACCCAUCACCAUCGUCAAGGUAGUGGACGCCGAGGUUCGACACCCAGCGGCACACUUGGGUAGUCAACUGCUGCUGUACCUGAGCGCGUGCAUCAACCCCAUAAUCUACGGCGUCACGAACCGCCAGUAUCGACGGGCCUACAUGCAGCUCCUCGGCUCUGUAGCUGCCCUGUGCUGUUCCCAAACAUCCUGCCCAGCGGAACAGACGGACGGCAAGCAACGCGACUCCCAGCAGACCAGCCUUUGAAGCAUAAACCGGGAAGACUGGCUCACUUGCGAAGCUACGGACAGAACUGUGAUGCAAGUUGCUUCGAAAGCAAGCAUUUGGUCUUCUGUGAGUGCCGUAAACUUUUGUGAGGAAACUUGUUAUUUCCAGCGCGCCACAGCGAAUGCACCAACAGCUGGAAGCAUACUGGCAGCACCUAGUCCAAACAUUGUAGUGUACUUGUGUGCGUGCCACUCUUUGGAGGAAUGUCUUGCCAUUUUGGUUCGUGUAGUGCCAAAUUGGUUGUCUAGUGAGGUUCCUUCGGUACAAAGUGGAGCAGGAAGGAUUUCUCCGUGUUUUAUAUUUGGUCCCUGAAAGAAUGAACUUUGAAUAUUGCCAACGUUUUUUUUUUUUCUUUUUUUAUUGUCGUAAGUGAAACAUCCGCAGCCAAGCGUAAUUAUUGAAGAUUGCGAUCAUGCGCAAGAUAUAAAAGAGCAAUGCGCGCCUUCCUGGAUGCCGGGUCCGAACCUGUCCUGUGUUCAAAGUGCUCUCAUUCAUCACGUGGUUGGACGAAACGGAGUGAAGGUAAAAAUAAAAAAAUAAGGUGUAAGCGACCACUUGUCCCAUGUCCUCCCUCGGAGGCGUUCAAAGUUGUCCUCAGCACUACACAUCUAUGAAGCGUGGACCAACUUGCCCAGCAACGCACAUUGUCAAGUUAAGAAUGUGUCAUCCUUUCCACUCACGGGUCAAUAAAACGGGUCGCUCUCUCGUAGGCUGUUGGUAUGCCACGCACCU